CAGCUUCCAAUCAUCCUUGAUCAUAUUUCCCAAACCAGCAGAAUCUCGCCUCAGAUUCAGGUUUAUAUGAGGGACUGCUCACCCGCGUCUAUUUUUCAACCCGUUGUUCUGUACUACAUCAUCUCUGGCCGAUUCCAUUGCAGCACAGCAUCUUCAGCCUAGAUUACAGGCUGUCCUUCAGCAAGAUGACCAACGGUUCACUCGUCGCCCCUCGCCCGCCUCCCCAUGGCGAAUAUACCCUGGAGGCACAACGUCCGAGGAAGAGACUUCAAAAGCCCUUUCUGAAGCAGCCGAAACAACAACCUUCAUUUGGUACUACCGGCACCGCCUCGAGCCCAAGCCCCGGGAAAAGCAAAGCCUCCCGUGGAACGAGGUUAUGGGAUCGAGCACGCACACCACCCCUUCAGACUAUCCCGCCUCAGCCUGAUCUUAGCGAUGCGAAGUGGGCAGAUUAUCUUCACAGGUCUCCCUCGAUCGGAUGCCCAGAGCAUCAAGAUGGCGCCGUCAACAUAAUACCCGAGUUUGCCCACCUAGGAGUCCACAGGUUAGAGCGAAGGUCGCAAAUGGAGUCUCACUACAGCACUCCAGACUCGAUUACCUCGACCGAGUCGGCGAGGCUGCGGACACACGCCAAAACCCCGGUUUUCCGUAUAGGACAACUUGAGGGCACUGCAGCACGUAUGAAGCGUCAACUUAAACGACAGAGUGCCGAGAUGGGCGCUUUGGACUCUGAACGGUUGGCCAAAUCUUCACCCUGGCGAACUCCACGCUCAGCGCCCCUACCAGGCAUCCGUCAUUUACAAGGGAGGAGUCUACCACCUCUGCCGGGACGAAAACGCAGCCGAAGUGAGUUGACAAUCAGUGCACCCAUACCCGGACGAUGGCGCAGUCCGAGUGACCUGACUUCGGUCGACCCACCCCCGACCGGACGAUGGCGUAGCCCAAGUGACUUGUCAUCGGUCGACUCGUCCUCGACCGGACGACGGCGCAGUCCGAGUGACUUCUCAUCGGUUGACGUACCCCCGACUGGACGAUGGCGAAGUCCAAGUGACCUCUCAUCGGUCAGCUCACCUCCGACUGGACGAUGGCGGAGUCGGAGUGACUUGUCAUCAGUUGGCUCGCCUCCACCACUCGAAAGAGGCGGCCAAUCACCAGUGUCGGACGCUGGCACGCUCGUCUCAUUUGACGACGAGACUAUCUACUUCAGGCCAACAUCGUUCUGUAUGGAGCCUCCAUCGCCCCCAGUGAAACCCUUUGAGCAACCGAGGGAGGCACCGAGGGCACCGAGCAGCCCCGCACAGACUAGCAUCGGCUUGCAGAUAUGCCUAGAGCUUCUCACUCGAGAACUGUCGUCGACAUUACACGACAAAGCGGGUCGCUCGUCCAGUACCACCCAGUCUCAAUUGCAGGUCUGGGUCAUGAUCGAGGCCUACGAGAGACUGCGGGAACAACUGGCCUCGGAACCGGCUAUGCGCUUGUCGCCAGAUGAUUCUGGAGCUGCCGAGACUAUGAUCAACACAUGGCUACGUGCGCUAUACGCUAUUCACGAAUCGUUAACUAAGAGCCAACGGACAGGUUUCAGUGAUAGCGACGGUUUGCCUAGGGAGACUCUCGACUAGACUCUAGAUGGUCGAGAUGAAAUGCUGGAUGUCGAACAUUUGUGACGUCCAAAAGUUUGUAUUACAAGAACGAAUGAUGCCUUCCAAUGACAGUCUCAUGCGUCACGUCAUGGUACCGAAGAAUCGUAUAUGGAGAUGUGGGGCUGGGCGUUUACGACUUGGAAUUUUACUGUUACGAUAACACGAUGAGGACAUGGGGAAAUGUUUUCAAUGCACCUUUUUUUCCUUUGUUUACUUACAACAUAAAUCUAGUUCUCUUUUUGUUUUUAAUGAUUUACCGGUUUUGACGGAUAACUGUGACCAACGACCAAGUGUUGAUGAUACAGGUUGAGAUCAUGCUAAGAUCGAUAUAUGAGAUCAUAAUGACAGGGGUACGUCUCCACUCCUGGCCAGGGUCUUAAUGGUCUGUGCGGGUAAGCUCGAAGUCAUUCAUUUGUCUCCACAAAUGGGUGGCACGCUCGUGUCUGCCAUUCAACCUUCAAAGAAAUCGUUUUCGGUUCUCGGCCAGCAUCAGUCAUGGACGACGACGAUUUUGGGGCUGACGAUGACUUUAUUCAGGCCCUUGCAGGGGUUGAUGCUGGGCCUUCGCGCAGUUCUCGGCCGCAGCAGCAGGUACAGGCCCAACGUCUAACAGCUGGAGGAGCACCGGCAAGGGUCCAGCAACCGACUCCGCAGCGCAUCCAACAACCCACGCCGCAGCGAGUCGACAAAGCUCCGCCCCAGGCUGCAAAUGGCGGCGCCGCCAAGAUCGUGCAGCCGACGCCGCAGGCACUCCCAUCCAAGUCGUCAGGCUCCUCGAUUCUUGUGUCGCCUAGGCAGAAGAGCAACCCGGUGCUCGAAUGGAUCAAGUCGGUCCCCUGGGAAUACAGCGAUAUUCCGGCGGACUAUGUGCUUGGUUUGACCACAUGUGCCCUAUUCCUAAGCCUCAAGUAUCACAGGCUGCAUCCAGAGUACAUCUAUACUCGUAUCCGCAAUCUGCAGGGCAAAUUCAACAUGCGCAUACUGCUCACCAUGGUCGACAUACCGAACCACGAGGAGGCACUACGGGAGCUGUCCAAGACGUCGCUGGUCAACGACGUGACGCUGAUGCUGUGCUGGUCGUCGCACGAGGCGGCCCGCUACCUGGAGCUGUACAAGUCGUAUGAGCAUGCCAGCUUUGCGGCCAUCCGCGCUCCCCCAGCAACCGGCUACGCUGAGAAGCUGGUCGAGUUCGUGACGGUGCCGCGCGCCAUCAACAAGGCCGACGCCGUGGCCCUGGUUAGCACAUUUGGCAGUCUGAGAAACGCCAUCAACGCCGACCCGGACCAGGUCGCUGCCGUGAGCGGCUGGGGCGAGCGCAAGGUCAAGGCCUGGUGCAAGGUGGUGGAGCAGCCGUUCAGGGUCAAAAAGGCCGGAGCGGGAAGGAAGAAGGGCGGUCCCGCGGCGGUGCCGUUGAGGGAGAGCGUGGGUGGCAGCCGCGCGGGGGCUGCGCAGAAUGCGCAUAUGGCGAGCCAGAUUCAAAUCUGGAACCCGAACAUCGCCGAUGUGGACGACGAGGAUGCCAUGCUCGAGGCGGCCCUCGAGGAGUCGAGGAGGAUGUCGGGCAUGGAAACAAACAGCGCGGUGCAGAACGAGGAUACGAACGCCGCAGAAGUCGAGGGCAGUGGCAACAGCCCUGGUGCUAUUGAAGCUGCUCCAAAGAACAAAGAGCAGCUCAGCGACGGGAUAGCAGCGGCCUUGGCGAGACUGCGUGAAAAUGGUUGAUUUCACCGCAUGGACAAUCUUGUCACCCAAACAGCAUGCCCAUUUUUCACCCCUCAUAACCAAGACCCCGAGGUGGCCGAUAUUUGCGGCCGAAGGACCGAUCACGCGCUCCCACCCCAUCCGGAAGGUGGUUUAGUCCAGUGAUGGUCUGGACAUUUGCGGCUCGCCAAUCGAUUCAAGACGGGAUAUGGAGCUAGCCAAGAGGGAAAGGAAAGGAGGUUGAAGUGAAGAAAUAAACUGUGGAUUAAUACACGCGAAUAUAAAAAAAAACAGCAAAAAUGUACCCCACAUCUACCUAAUUUCCAUGAGUGACUGGAUCAUGGAUGCAUAGGAUUUAUCGAGGCCCGCAAUCCC